ACACACAAAGUCCUAGUAUUUACAUGGUAAUGUAUUAAAAUGCAUAUACUUCAAUGCAGGUCCAAACUCCUUAGCGGUGGGAAGUGUCGUGUCGUGUGAACGUGAUCAUGGAUAGCAUUCGGAGAGCCUACGACAUUGUGUUUUAUGAGAGAGCAGAUCAAAGGGUCAAAGAUUGGGCCCUGAUGACAUCUCCGAAGCCUCUAGCAGCCAUCAUAGCGACAUACCUGAUCACCAUCAAGCUGAUCCUACCAGCUUAUAUGAAGAACAGGCGACCAUAUGAACUGAGGAGUAUCAUCAAAUGGUAUAAUGUGGUGCAGAUUGUCUCCAAUGCUGUUGUCACUUGGGGGAUUAUGACGUCUGGAUGGACCACCACAUACCACUUCGGCUGCAUGCUACCAGACUACUCCAUGAACCCUGAAGCUUUAAGAAUGCUGAGGUUCCUCUGGUGGACUAUCAUGCUGAAGCUGCUAGAAUUAUUUGAGACAGCCUUCUUUAUCCUGCGAAAGAAGGAUCGACAGGCUUCCUUCCUUCACGUCUACCAUCAUGUCAGCACCCUGAUCAUCGUGUGGUCUGCUUUGAAAUAUGUUGGGGGAGGCAUAACUUCUUUCUCUCCGAUGAUAAACAACGCUGUUCACGUUAUCAUGUAUAGUUACUACCUCCUGUCAGCCGAGGGAAGCCCCAAAAUGAAGGCAAUACUUAUCAAGUAUAAGAAAUGGCUGACUAUUAUGCAAAUGAUCCAGUUCACAUUCAUGCUAGUCUACUCCGCGCAAGUGUUCCUGCCGAGCUGCCCAGCACCAUUAGGCAUCACCAUAUUAUACUUUCCAAAUGUCAUAUUUGUAUACUACAUGUUCUACGACUUCUUUAGACAAAACUAUUUGAAAGAACAAAAAGCGCUGAGUCAUUCUAAAAAUGGUGUUAAGAAAGAUAUUUAAGUUUUAAGUGUAUUUAUGUAUCAUUUGGCUUGUUAUUUAUCUAUAAGAGUAGAUAUCUAUAAAAUCUUGGUUUUAAAGUGCA